AAAGUAAACACGGCACCAAUGACCAUAUUAACAAGUGAAUGAACAAAUUUAUAAAACAGCGAGGAGGCCGGUUCUCUUUUCUUUCUCUUUCCGUUUACAAUAUUCUUCUUUCCAAUUUCAUUGAACCCAGCAUCCUAAUUUGUAUACUGCUAAUCUUCUUCUUCUAAGCCCUCUCUCUUUCUCUUUGUAUUCUGCAAAUCUGAUAUCAUAACUGGAAAUUAUACUUCAGUUUUGUUGUAUAUAAUUUUACAGACACACAAUUUGAACUCCUUUGAAGGAGUUUUAAAUUUUUAUAUUCAAAAAGUGAAACAGUUGAGAGGGGGGAAGAAGAAGAGGAAAAAUAAGAUCUUGGUUUUGUCUGAAUACUCAUGGAACAGCUCAUUAACUUCAUAAUAAGACCGCCCAGAGCUGAGUACAACCCAAAAAAUGAUUUGUUAGAUCAAGAGUUCAUGCUCAAAGGGAAAUGGUACCAAAGGAAGGAUUUGGAGGUUUCAAAUUGUCGUGGGGAGAUUCUUCAAUGUAGCCAUUAUAUGCCAAUAGGUUUCUCAGAGGGGAAGGCAUUGCCUUGUGUUAUAUACUGCCAUGGAAACAGUGGCUGUAGGGCAGAUGGAAGUGAAGCUGCUAUUAUAUUAUUGCCGCUGAAUAUCACAGUUUUUACCCUUGAUUUCUCUGGAUCUGGGCUUUCUGGAGGGGAGUACGUCUCUUUGGGUUGGAAUGAAAAGGAUGAUCUCAGAGCUGUGGUGGAUUACUUGCGGGCAGAUGGGAAUGUUUCUCUAAUUGGCCUUUGGGGCCGUUCAAUGGGUGCUGUGACCAGCCUGAUGUAUGGAGUGGAGGAUCCUUCAAUUGCAGGAAUGGUUCUUGAUAGCCCUUUUUCUGAUUUGGUUGAUCUGAUGAUGGAGCUUGUGGAUACCUACAAAAUACGGCUACCUAAGUUUACUGUCAAAUUUGCAAUCCAUUAUAUGAGGAGAGCAAUUUUGAAAAAGGCCAAGUUUGACAUAAUGGAGUUGAACACCAUCAAGGUAGCCAAAUCUAGCUUUGUUCCAGUCUUGUUUGGUCAUGCGGUUGAGGAUGACUUUAUACAACCCCAUCAUUCCGAUCGCAUAUAUGAAGCUUAUGUGGGGGAUAAGAAUAUUAUCAAAUUUGAGGGAGAUCACAACUCUCCACGGCCACAAUUUUAUUUUGAUUCUAUUAGUAUCUUUUUCAACAAUAUUUUACAACCUCCGGUUGAUGAAGUUGGAGGUGCAUUCUUGGACAUGUCACAUGAUUAUUUUGGCAGGGGUUCUUGGAGUACUGUUGAUGAAAUGCGAAAUUCAGAUGAACUGUUAUCUUCACCUGUGGGUCCUGGAGCAAACAGUACUGAGGAUGCCAUUAAGCAGCUCCGCUCCAAAAGACCUGUAAGUAGGACAGAGGUCCCUUCUGGUAUGUCAUCCAAGGAUGAACAGUCUGAAGCUCAGGGAGGAGGCUCCGGAAGUGAUCCUGUUGCUUCAUCUUCUAAGAUGAUAAGCUUUGAACUUGCCAAUGGUAAUCCCUAUGGUCCUCAUGUUCCUGCAUCGAUAGACGAUGAUGAGUAUGUGGAAUAUCCACUUGAUAACUUGGCAGAUUUUCCAAACAAUAUUGAGGAAGAAGAGAGGAUGCUUAUGGUAGCGGUACUUGAGUCGUUGAAGGAUCUGGAGGUCAAGCCCCCUGUUGUCGAGGAACCUUCAUCAAAUGUUGGCAACAAGCCUCCUCCUGAACCAUCCCAGAAAAAUGAUCUGCAGGAUCCUUCUACAGCGGCAAAAUCUGAACCCCUGACUGAGGAGUCUGCCACCACAUUAGAAGCCAAUACGCCUCAUGUGGCACCUCAAAUUCCACUUACUGAUGCGAGGAAUGAAUCCAGUGGUACUCCAGCUACUACUGUUCUAGGUCCCCAAGCAGCUGAAAGUAAUGGGCCUUCUCCUUCAAGUGAUGCUAGAGUUAGCAACCAAAGCUCAUCUGAUAGUGAUGUAGUUGGCACAAAAGCCACCGUAACAGUUGUAAAGAAUCCGUCAAGCAAUAUCAUGGAUGGUUUAUUGCGUCGUUGGGAUCUAAACUUCUUCCGAAACAAAUGAUGCUGUAUAGCAAGAUGUAAUAUUCUGUUCUCUAACAAAGAAGCUGGCAAAUAUUAGUGUGUUACAAGAUAGUUUUGCAAAGAAAAGGCAGAAGAAAUUGCAGGCUGUAUAGUCCAUUAUCGUUGGUGAUCAUCAUGUUCUUCUCUACUCUCUCAGGAAUUUGAACAAUGAAGAAAUGCUGAAAGGAGCAGAUGGCAGGUAGUUUGUUUAGAAGUUUUACCCCUUCUGGGUCGAAGCCUAUACUUUGUAACAGUAUUACUGAUGGAUGUAGGAAGUUCCCAGAAUAGUUUGUUAGUGACAUUGGUUGUAAUUAGCGUGGAAGAGGUAAUAUGUUUUUUGGAGGUGUACAGUUUUAACAGUUGUAGGCACAUGUUGAUGAUAGCUUUGGUCUUUACUGUUUCUACAUUCUACUGCUCACAUGUUUACUUAAGCUCACAUAUUUAAUUUAAUCAUCCUAAUCUUUC